AAAACACUGCACGACAAACUGCGAAACUACGCAAUCCCUUUGGGAGGUUUUAUUGAUUCGGAAUUGCUAAAAGAAGAGAAAGAUAUUGAUGUGUCGCUACCGAAACUGACGGCCUUGGAAGCCCAAGUCAAACGAUGUGACGAAGAAUUUGUAAGUCGAUCCACUCACCGUCAAAAACGAUAUGCUCAUGCACUUUUUGAGUACAGCAUCAUCGUGUGCGUUACAUACAAUCAAAGAUCCAAGAAGUGGUGCAGCUAUGGACACUGCUUGAUGUAGAACCGCAAAACGAAGAAGACCGCAUCUUGCACCAACUGGCUUUCACGGAAACGACCGACAACAAAAACGAUUUGUAUCUGCAGAUUGUCAGUGAUGACGGCAUGCGAUAUGUGAGACAACGUAUACUGCAGCUUGAUGAAAUCAAACAACAACGUGAAUUCCGUAAAAACGAAAUUUCCCUGAAGCUCAUACCUCUUUGGCAACGUUUGAGCAUUGACCAACAACAGCAAGAGCAAUUUAUGGCUCAACAUCACGGACUUACUUCUAACGACCUUCAAGAGUAUGAGAGCGAAUUAGAACGCAUGAUCGAAUUAAAAGAGAAACGAAUUGGUGAUUUCAUUGCAGGAGCUCGCAAGGAAAUCGCGAGACUAUGGAGUAUUUUAUAUUUUUCGGAUGACGAACGUCGAGAAUUUGGAGCAGCAUUUACAGAUGAAUAUUCCGAUGAAUUACUUGAAGAGCAUGAAAGCCAAAUAUCCAAAUUGCAAUUGCUGGUGGAAGAUCGUAAAUACAUGCUCGAGCGGGUUGAUCGCCAUAUGAAAUUGAUAGAGGAAAUUCGUGCUUUCAAAGCAACCACUAACGAUCCGUCUCGGUUACUUACCAAAAGCCACAGAGACCCGGGUCGCCUACUGAGAGAAGAAAAGUUCCGCAAACGAGUCUCUCGCGAAUUGCCCAAGGUGGAAAGGGAAUUGAAAGGCGCUCUUCAGGAGCAUUACGUCACCCAUGGAUCUCAUUUUUUGGUCUAUGGAGAACCGUAUAUCGAAAAGAUUGGUACCGAGAAUCCUUGGUCCACCAAUAACGUUACCAGCAGAUACAUGGUAAAAUACUUUUCAUCCAAAAAUCCCUUGGCACAAGCUCAAUUGUAUUGGCGACGCUUAUCAUGAUUGUUGUAGAGUAACCGCAGUGUAGCCUCCUCACACUCAUCACGGUCGGAUGAAAACUAUCCAAAAACAUCCAAAUCCUACGAAGCGUCAGCCAU